AUGACCGCCACCCCCGCUAUACUGCCUCAAUGGCGUGAUCUUCCCGUGUACUGGGACUGGAACUUUCGGCUGCUCAUUUGCGAGUCCUGUGGAUUUGCCCUAGGUCCUAACCAAGCGAGCAGUCACUUCUGGGAGAAACACCAGGUUUCUGUCGAGCAACGGCACGGUCUAACUGAGUACCUGCGUCAGCAUGACUUUCAAGAGCCUGCCAGCGUCGCUCCCCGACCACGAGGGGCCUCAGAACACCCGGCACUGCGGACCUACAAUGGCCUAGCUUGCCGCCUAUGCGAGACGUACUACACUAUAAACCUAGACAAUCUCUUAAAGCAUCUUCGACAUCAGCAUCCUGACCGGCCUCGGUCCUCGCGUCGGGCGGUGGAUCAACUUUAUGACGACGUGUACCUGCAGACGUGGAACCGUCAACUAUAUUGGAUUAUCAGUCGCGGCGGUCGUACGCUGCGGUUGGCCCAGGAACGCUCCACCUACGAUCAUCUGCAGGCUUUACAGGAGCGGGAACGGACCCGGCACGCUGCAAUCCAGGCCGCCACCGUACAAGAUAGCGGUAUAGCCACACGCUCCUUCGAGAGCCUGCGUCCUUGGAUAGAACGCACUGGCUGGGAGCAAACCUACGAUGGGUUACAUCGCGAUCUCCUACGGCGAUUGACUGAGAUGCCUCUUCUAUAUGACAGCUGUCAGGAUCAUCGGCUGUGGUCUUCCCCUGGGGAGGCAGAUCUUGUGAGUCCAGCUGCAGAUGAGCGGGUGAUCUGGCGCAUUGCGCAUGCGGUGGACUCCAUGUUGGAUCGCUGCGAAGAGACCAUGCGGCAUACCGGUCGACCCAUUCUGUGCUGGCUGCGCACCUUGCAACUGAGCCCCUAUUAUCCCAAGCCCUUUGUCUUUCUAGCUCGGUCCGCGAGCACAUCGCGGUAUCGGCGGAUCUGGAAACGCUUCAUAGUCUUUCUCUUCCGCUGCUUUCGGCUAGGUGCGGAGGUCUGCCGCACACGGCUCCGAAUCAAAUUUCGGCGUAAACAGUGGGAUGUUAUCCGCUUAAUAUGGACCUUCGCCAGUGAUUGCAGCGUCAGCUCCUCACUUGGACCCGAACCCUUACAUCCGAGGUCACGUCGAUCCCAACAGUGGGAUGACCAUGUUGACUCGAUGAGUGGUUCUGAUGCAGCCGGUGAAUCCAGUAAAGAUGAUCUUGACGAGGAAUGGGACCAGCCGGAUGACACGGAGAGCGAUAGUGAAGAUGUGACUACGGACGACCUCGACAACGAAGCUCGCGAAGGAGCCGGAGCAGCAGAGUCGACCAACCACUUAAGUACCGAUUUACUGCCUCCUCCCAGCUUAGAAAAGCUCUUCCAGUUGAAUAUUAUAUUUCUUACAGAUGAGUUCACGGAUGGGCAGCCGUUAUCCAGCCUGCUCGUGUACUUUAGUAGAAUCUUAGGAUUCUCACCCGAUGCCCAGUCCUUCCAGCCUGCAAAGUCCUUCACCCCUCAUCUAUCCGCACUUAUCUAUAUCCAACAGCUAUUGUUCUUAGAGUAUGCGCUACCGUACCGCGACUACCCAAUGAUCGGGUGGAAUCGUCGACCCCGUCGUUACCACCUCGACCGCCUUAACCCGAUUCGCAGUCGAUAUAUGAUCGCUGGGGCCUUGACACCCCUCGCGGAGUUCUAG